UGCACCAGAACUCGAGUUUCAUAAAACUUGCGUGACACGUGUCGUUGCCAGAUUUAAUCGUAUGGUGGAGCAGCGAACCCAUUGGAUGGGUUUAUAUCUGCCGGCGAUGUGAAACAAGAUUUUUUCGAAGUCUUAAGAGACCACAGAAACUUGUAUAAGGGUAACUCUAAUGCACUGGAUGGAGCGACACACGCAGUUGCAACAUGAAGAAUUCGGCAGCAACUGCACGUACAGAUAUACCAACAUCUGUAUCGGACGAGGCCACUUCGGUGCCGUUUAUAAAGCAACGGUCAUCAACAAUCGCGGUGUUUUGGAUACAUUCGUGGCUUGCUGGGGACAUCGACGGCCAGAGCUGCCGCAACAAACUGUCGCCGUGAAGCAAAUUAUUUUGAGUGACAGGGAACUUUCCGCCAAUCCCAUAUACGUUGAUAUACUGCGGCACAAGCUGAAACUCUUAAUUGGACUUCACCACGAAAAUCUAAUUACUUAUCAUAAAAUAACUAUAACCCCUUCCAAAGUUUCGAAAGGAGGCGCGACCAUUGAAUUAAUGAUGGAUUAUGUAGAAGGAGACGAUUUAGCAAGUUACUUGGACAACCUUGAGAAACGCAGAAGUACAUUCAAACUCGAAACAUUACUGCGUUAUUCUAUUGAGCUUGCAGAUGGAAUUAGCUUCUUGCACAGGAAAGAAAUUGUGCAUAAAGACCUGAAGCCGAAAAUUGUGCUGUUAGAGCGCUUGAAUAACGAUGAAUACUCGUACAAACUAAAAAUAAGUGGCCUAGACGACUUUGCUAAAUCCCGGAAUGACGCAACAUGUAGCGUUGACUUGGGAGGUUCGUUGACUGUUCGCUAUAUGUCGCCGGAAACACUCGAGAUGUUCGAUCGUGAAACAAGAGAAAUGCCUGGUCCAAAAGGCGAUGUGUGGAGCUUAGGCUGCAUUAUUCUGGAUCUUGCGUGCUGUUUCACGAAGAACUAUGGCAAGCUGCUUUUCUACAGCGACACCAAAGGAGUCAGAGAAUCAGGAGAUAACAUAUCUGAUAAACGCUACAGGGAAUUGAUUAAAGCCGGCCACGUCCCGUUUGUGAGCGAUGAUGUACCAGCUGAUCUGGCUGUAUUUAUGCGACGAUGCCUGCUACCCAAACAUAAAGUCCAACAGAGACCAUCGGCUAAAGAAGUCUAUAUCGAACUUAAAAAAAUUUACGAUCGGCAUGCAAAGGACACGAAAAGCCGUGUUUUUGGGACUAAGCUGAAAUGCCGCUAUGGAAAUGGAGAUUUCAUCGGGAGGGGCUCCUGUGGCACAGUUUACAAAGCAACGGUUGCAGAACGCAACAGCUUUAAUGGAGACGACAUCGUAGCGGUGAAAGUUGUCCCAAUAUCUAGCAAACAAUUUCCUACAAAAGAAAGCUACAAAACUUUGUAUGCUAAACUGGAAAAGCUACUGGAACUUCGGCACCCUAACGUGGUUGCAUACCAUAAAAUUACCGUGACGGAGGCACUGGGUGGCGUCUGCAUUGAAAUUGUAAUGGACUACUAUCGGGACGAAGACCUCGGCUCAGUUCUGCAAAUGCUACGAGCAGUUGGAGCAGCACUGGAUAAGGAAACCGUCGUGCGAUAUAUGAAAGAGUUGACUAGCGGAUUGAACUUUUUGCACGAAAAAGAUAUGAUUCAUGGAGACUUAAAACCCGGAAAUGUGUUGGUUAAGCAUGUGAGCGGUAACAGGAAAUCGUUGUUGAUUGGCGACUUAGAUGACUUUGUGGUCACGCAGCAAGAAGAAAUGUCAUCCGGGCCCAUCACGCACUUGCGCGGUACGCCUUGGUAUAUGUCACCGGAAAUGCUGAAAAAGUUUGCUCAACAGCCAACAGAACCACUUGGACGCAAAACAGAUGUCUGGAGCUUGGGGUGCAUUAUGUUGCAGUUAGCAAAUUGUCAUGCUGGCAUAAGUCGCAUGUCCUUGAAGCACAACGAUACAGUUCUAGAUACAACUGACAAGACACCUGAGCAAUACCAGAUACUAAUUAUCGAUGGUGAUAUCCCGCAUGUGGAUGCUAGUGUUCCGAGCGACCUCGCUAACUUUAUUGUCCCUUGUUUUGGUGUCCCCAGCACUGUCAGAAUAUCAGCAAGAAACCUGAUGGAAAUGUUUCCUGGGUAAAACAGCGACGCUGGUUGGACUGUUAAACCCUGCCGAAUCACUGAAUCCUAACCUGUUUUUAAUAAACUAACGCCAGAAAAGGCUACGGAACCUCUUAAAGCGAUAUACUUUUCCCGAGAUGAGAAAUCAGCAGCCAAGUGCAGGAAAAUAUGGGCUCAUUCAUGCAUAUUACCAGUUUAAUAAAUUUAUCAUUUAUGGACAUUCGAAACUUAUCUUGUUAGCCCUCUCAAGCACUUUUUUGUCUGAAAUUAAAAUACUUUUUGCUGAGAAUUGCUUCUUCAAAAGA